AUGGCUCCGGCGUCCGGGACACUGGCGAAGUACGUCGUGAUGAAUGCCUGCGCCUUGGCGGCCAUGGAUGGCGCUUUGCUUCCUGCAUCCUUUGCUGCUCUUUCCGAGCAGCUGCAGGUGGGCACAGCAGAGCUUGGGCUGCUAAACUUCUCUCAGAGCAUCGCUUGCUCCCUCGCUUUGCCUGUCUGGGGCUGGCUACUGCAGCUUACGUGCGGAAGGAACCUUCUGGCAUGUGGCUGCAUGAUGUGGGGCGCGGCUACCUUCCUACUGGCCAUGAGUUCGAAUCUGUGGGUUCACCUCAUGCUCAGACUGGUGGUUGGCGUCUCCCUCGCGGUCGUGACCCCGAUCGGCCAAGCGAUGAUUUGUGAGCUUUAUCCAGAGUCUGGACGUGGGAGGGCUUUUGGCUGGCUUCAGUCAGCCAGUACUUUGAUGAGUGCGGCGGUGACAUUUGCAACAACUUGCUGGGCCCGAAAGAACAUCUGCGGAGUGUCGGGCUGGCGGGUCAUCAACGUCCUGGUUGCUGCGCUGUCCUGGGGCAUGGCUGCCGCGAUCCGAUGGGUGGUGCCGGUUUCCUUGGUUGCUCCAUCGCCGGGGAGGAGGGCGACCUUGGGCGACAUGCGAGCACGAAUCACCAACCUUGUCUGCAAGAAGCCGUCUUUCCUCCUCCUGCUGGGUCAAGGUGUGACGGCUGGCAUUCCCUGGAAUGCCUUUGCAUUUCUGCCGCUCUACUUUCAGCUCUCCGGAUUCCCGGACCUGUCGGCAGGCGAGAUUGUGUCAAUCGGAGGACUUGGUGGUGUCAUUGGAGGCGUCGUUGGAGGAUGGCUGGGUGAUUGGGCACACCGGCGCUGGCCCUAUGCAGGGCGGUGUGGCGUGGCGCAGCUGUCUCUGUUUCUUGGAGCGACCGUCUUCGUUGCAGUCAUGAAAUGCUCGCCCAGAUUUUGGGCAGUGGUGUCUCUCCUCUUCCUCUUCAAUGUCGUUGCCUGUUGGACUCCAGUGGCUGCUUUGCGGCCGAUCUGUGGGGACAUCGUUCGUGACAGCCAAGAUCGCGCACAGAUGAUGGCAACAUGGAUUUGCCUCGAAGGGAUUAUCACUUCCACCCUCGGUGCGCCACUGGUCGGCCUGCUAUCAGAGGGAUUCGGCUGCCGCCUCACAUCGGCCAAAGCCCAUGGGGAGCAAACGGCUGCGGCUUUGCGCGCAGCCCUCUUGGGAGUAGCUUUGGUCCCGUGGCUGCUCUCUUGGCUUGUCUGGCUUCCAAUGCUGGGCAUCUUCAACGAGAACGACAGCCAGACGCUAGAGCCUGCCGAGUUUAUGCAGAUGAUGUCGUCCUUUUACUACGGCAUUGCCGGUGCCUUCGCACUCCUCGAAGAAUGGUUGUCAUCCUGGUUCCCGCGGCGGCGGCGGCAGGCGGAUGCGGAGUCGUGA